UGCUCAUUGUUCCCUUCACACCGUUUCCUCUGGGAAAUGUGCAGCCUUGGGACUGGACAAGGAUAAUUACUGGAAACCAUAAUGGGGGCAGGGGAAUGCGCUGGCUGUAAAUGCUCCUUUCUUUUGGGCUGAUUGGGCUGGUCCGCUUCCCUCGUUGCUCCUUCAUUGGCUCAAGCCAACAUCAAUCUGUUGAUUUCCAGGUCCCCCUCAAGUUUGAAACUUUUUUUUUUACGAGGAGGAAUCGGGUUACAACAAACUCUUGUAACCGAUCUCACAGCAAGCCGAGGGGAAAAAAACGCUCUUUCAAUAAUUUACACAUCUGUGGCUGAUACACGGUUACAGAACAAGAAGAAGAAGCGACGACGUGUUUUUAUCGCACAGACGGACAUACAACAAAAACAAGCCGAGAAACAAAAAAAACAUGCUGUAAAACAACUUGUCCUUGCGUUGCCAGGAUGAAGACUUGAAUAUAUUUUGACUUUGAGGGAUUAACAUCUUCUCGACUGACCUGGGACCCGCUGAGCUGAGAGAGAAGACUCGACGAUGGACUCCUUCAGCACUAAGAGCUUAGCCCUGCAGGCGCAGAAGAAGCUGAUGAGCAAGAUGGCCACAAAGAGCAUGGCCAACCUCUUCAUCGACGACACCAGCAGCGAAGUGCUGGACGAGCUGUACCGUGUCACUAAGGAGUACACCCGCAACCGCAAAGAGUCGCAGAAGAUCAUCAAGAACCUGAUCAAGAUGGUGGUGAAACUGGGAGUGCUCUACAGAAACAAUCAGUUCAGCAGCGAGGAGCUGAUCCUGGUGGAGACCUUCAGGAAGAAAGUCCACACUCUGGCCAUGACGGCGGUCAGCUUCCACCAGAUCGAGUUCACCUUUGACCGCCGGGUCAUGAGCGCCAUUUUGAAUGAGUGCCGCGAACUGCUGCACCAGGCCAUCAAACGCCACCUGACAGCCAAGAGCCACUCACGCGUCAACCACGUCUUCAAUCACUUCGCCGACUGCGACUUCCUGGCGGCUCUCUACGGGCCCACUGAGGUUUAUCGCGCUCACCUGCAGAGAAUCUGUAACGGUGUAAACAAGAUGCUCGACGAGGGGAACCUCUGACCUCUGUAGGCCUCGUUAUCAGGCACCUUUACCUCUAGUCACGCCUCAUGUACCAUCUUGCAGGAUAUCUUUUUUUUUUUGAGGUGACAAUCAUGAACAUUUAUUUUUUCAUUUGUUGGUUUGUGAUUGUGUGUGCCUUUCAAAUGUUACUGUAACACUGAAACUCUCUUGGCUAGUUAGUCCAAAGUCUAAUUCCUCUUUAGCCUGACUUUGUUUUUUGUUAUACCCAGCAGAUGUUAUUUUAAAUGAAUGUAAAACUUCACGCUCUUAUCAGUAUAUUCAGAGGUAGGAGCCUUGACAACUGUGCCCUAAAAAAAAACACAUUUUUUUCUUCAUUCCAAGGGCACAAAGCUUGCUGUCUUACUUAGUCAAAAAGACACAAAUCCAGGCACAGGCCUUCAGUUAUAUCUCUGUAAGGUGCCUUUAAUGGACGAAAAUGGUUUUGGGAGCACCAGGAGAGGAAAGAAAGUGAAUUUCUGUCUCUUCGUAAUACCCAAGGACAUAAAUAAGUGACCUUUUUUUUUUUUUGUUCUGUUUUGUUUUUUUUCUAAAAGUGGUAUUGCACUCAAUCCUGAACAAGCGCUGUACUGUACUUUCCUGCAAUAGUGAAACCAUGUGAAGCACAGCAGUAAUCCUGCUUAGCCUGCAUUUACAGAUCUCACCAUCAUGCACUGAACUCCACUUUGUAGAGAGACCAGGCUAUAGUUGACAUAUAUGAACCCAGUUUUGCUUUUAAUAGCUUGGUUUAUAUCUACCACAUGCCACCACAACAAUGAAGUAUUUGGGUCACAGGGGGACCAUCAACAUGUAGGAAUUUGAUCGUGCUGCAUUGUCUCUGCUCUGACUCAGAUGUCUCACUGGUUGCACGCUUGUGUGCUUUAAAAGCACUCACAGAAAAACUUUGUGUCUGUAAAUGGCAUAAUCACAGCAGGGGAGCAGCACAAUGUGGCACCAGGUGCAAAGGUUGCGCUGGCAUUUUAUCAGAGGGGAAUAAAGUGAUAGCGUUCGCAAAGUAGUAGUCAUAAUAGAUUCUGGAGUUCAAUGUCAGCUGUGUUACAGAUUUAUUGGCGCUGCCUCAGGUCUAUCCAAAAAGCACUAAAACUCUUGUUCGAAUUCUGACAGAUCUGAACUAAAAAGACUCCCAUUGAGCAGCCAGAUGAAAGGCUGGGCGAAAAACUGCAGCUCCAUGUCUAUGAAAAAGGCCAGGCAGGGUGUAGAGAUUAGAGCAGAGACAAACACAGUACCUGAUUGUACUCUCCCUCUGCAAUUAUAGCUCCCAGCUCUGGGGCAGUGGUAUAAUGGCCUGAAGCCUGCCUCCAUCGAGCAGCUACUCUAUUUCACCACACAGCAGCCUCAUGUAAUGUGAUGGAGAUGUUCGCGCGUUGCAAGUCUUUUUUAAUGGAGUGAAAGAUGUUGUGUUUCUUCCUUAUAAAGGAGCAUAUGAAUAGUUACUACUAUACUAUCCCUCUCAAACCUCACAUAAUAGCCAUCUUUCCUUUUUUGUCUGUGUGUUUGUAUCACUGAGCCUGUCUGGGAGAUUGUUUUGUGCUGCGGCCUCAUUUUGUAUUCUGUGUGUGUGUGUGCAUGUGCGCGCGUGUGUGUGUGUGCGCGUUUCUGUGUGUAUCUGUGAGAGAAUUGGAAAUUGAGCCGUAUAAUAAGCACUGUGCUUUUCCAGAUAGGAUUGCUGAAACUUUAACUUCAUCCACAGCAGCUCUGCCAAAGAAAAGAAGUCUGAUGUUACUCAAAAUGUAGCCUUUUUUCCUGAGAAACAUUACAGAAAACCGUAUGCACUUGAUUACUAGUAACUCUGAUAAUGAUGAAAACAACGUUUUUUUUUUAGUGUAUUCUUGUAUCUUAGACUCAUUUUGCGUCAUUUUGGGAGGCUAUAAAAGUAAAUCUUUUUGUAGCAAAAGUAGUUGACUUUAAUUAUCUUUAGAUGCCAUUUUCUCCAAUUCCCUCACAUCUCAGGGUUUUCCCUCAGUUUAAAUCAAUGUCAUACUAAGAUAGAAAGAUCAGGAACCUUUUCAACAGCCCUGUUUAUUUUAGUAAAACUCUCAAUGACUCAUACUUUCCUUGUUGCAUUUUUACUCUUGUGAAUUGUGAAAUGUUUUUAUUUUCACUUGUGUAUAUAUGAUUGUUUUUGUGUCUCUGUAUUGUAUCUAUACACAAUAAAUAUAAUACAAUUUACUUUUUUA